AUGGCGAAGGUAGGCAAAGUGUUAGCAACAAUAAAAGCGGUUAUAACCCGAUUAGUUUUCGCGUGCCACGGUAUUAUAGCAAUCUGGCAAGUGAUUAGGUUCAAGCAUAACGCCGAGUACUGGUACCUGGCCACGCCGAUCCUCCUUUUGAUCGUCGAAGGGGUCUUCACACUAACUAUUAAAGAGAAUCAAGAGUGGAAGUGGUUCUGUCCAUCGGUUUUCAUCUAUUUGGGUCUGGUGGUGCCCGCGAUAUGGCUGAUCGAGCUGCACAAGGUAGACCUUCGACUGCAGAAAAAAGCCAACCUCACUUACAUCGAAACGGAUAUUCCGCUGCCAGGCGCGAACAAGCUACAAACAGACACGUGGGUGACGCUUAUAGAACAGUUCCUCAUGCUGACGCUCAUAGUGGGCCGCUGGUUGCUGCCGAAAGGCGACUUAACGCGGGACCAGCUCAGUCAACUUCUACUUGUGUAUAUCG